AUUUCCAUUUUUUUCACUAAACAAAAGACCUCAUUUCCAAUCAAACACCACAACCACCACCAAGAUAACAAGAUAAACCUCUAAACUUCCCCGUUACUUCCUCAAAUCCUCAUCAAACUCCAUCUCUUCACAACAAUGUCUUCUCUUUCUCUCCUCUCACAACCCAAUUUCCUUUCCCUCUCAACACAACCCCCAAAAUCAAUUCACAACACUUACGCAAAUUGCAAUUACUUGAAAUCGCCACCUUCUUCUCUCACUCGCCGUUUUAGAAGAUACGUAACGGUUUCCGAACAAGCAACGGCGGCGUCUCCGGUUGUUAGGAAGCUCUACAUCGGUAACAUUCCUCGGACUGUUGGGAAUGAUGAACUCGCUCAGAUUGUUCAAGAACAUGGCGCUGUUGAAAAAGCCGAGGUUAUGUAUGACAAAUACUCUAAAAAGAGCCGUCGUUUUGCAUUUGUUACGAUGAAAACCGUUGAGGAUGCAAACGCAGCAGUUGAGAAACUCAAUGGCACUGAAAUUGGAGGGCGUGAGAUUAAAGUGAAUAUUACCGAAAGACCUUUAACAACCGGAAGUUUGCCACUUCAGGCUGAGGAAAAGGAAACCCAAUUUGUUGAUAGUCCCUACAAGGUAUAUGUGGGAAAUCUGGCUAAAAAUGUAACAUCUGAUAUCCUUAAAAAUUUCUUCUCUGAAAAAGGAAAAGCUCUUAGUGCCAAGGUUUCACGGGUUCCCGGGACUUCAAAAUCUAGCGGAUUUGGUUUUGUUACAUUUUCAUCAGAUGAGGAUGUAGAAGCUGCUAUUUCUUCUUUCAAUGAUGCUUUGUUAGAAGGCCAAAAGAUCCGUGUGAAUAAGGCGUAGAGAAUUAGCAAUGUAGCAGAGCAUGUAUGAUCUUGUUGUGUCCUAUACUUUGGUGAAGCCAAAAACAAGCAAAUUGCUUUCUCUUUUACAGCACAAACCUAAUCUUUUUCAACUGAUAGAGUUCCAAGAAGAAUCGUAUAAGAGUGUAACAUAGUGCUUAAUGCACCUCAGGUCCCUCUGUAGUCCAGAAUGAUUUUGUGACCUCACUACUUUCUCCAUGAUUAUGUUUCAUCUUUCUCACCUUCAUUGUGUUUAGUGUUGUUGGUGUAUGCGUGUAUUCAAUUCCAUUUCUUUUGUAUGAAUUUUAUGAACAUUCACUGAUGCAAAUGUUGGAGUUUUUGUGCAAUAGUUUUUCAUGGCAUUGAAUAUGAUUCAUCCAUCAAUUUUAACCAA